AUGGAGGCUGCGGGCGUAUUAUCAACCACUUUUGGACUAGGGUUUCUCUUACAUGCUUCUCAAGCCGCCUUCUUUACAGCCAUCAAUGGCCAUAUAAAGACACUGUUUUUCCACCGCCGAAGGCUGGUCCUUCUUUCAUUCCUUUUAUGCGUUUCAAUAUACUCUGUGUUUCAGUUUGCUACUCUGCUACUUCUUGAAGAUGUAUCCUGCAGCGUUAUAGUCCGAUUUACACUCUUUUUUGAUCAAGCCGCUCGGAUAUCCGUACUUGCACUUAUUGUUUGGAAGGUGUGUGACGAGACGGACAACACAACUGAAAAAAUAUGCUGGGUAGUGGUCCUUGGGCUACGGGUACUAUUGGGUGGAAUAAUUGUUGGUUUUACGGGAUGGACAUUUAUGCCCGUCUGCUUUCCACAGCCGAUGCACUUGGCAACAGGAAUUGUCAAUGUGGCCUUUGAUGGACUAUCUUGGGGUUUUUUACUUUUUAGAAUCGUUACGAUUUGGUCACUUUUCGCAGAUCAAGGGAGGGGUGGGAAGGUGGACGGGAAGAGUCAGGGCUAUGGGCUCUUCUUGAUCGUAUUGAGUUUUAUUGGGUGGACAGUUGGAAGUUUUCCAUAUUUGAUGAAUGUGGGAGAGAGUAUUUUCGUUAGGAUGAUCCCCUAUAUCAUAACUCUCUCCUUAGCUCUUGGUGUCCUUGGGUGCUUCCCUUCUAUUGUAUUCUCUGUCCCCAUCUCUAGAUCUAACGAAUCAUAUAAUCGGAAACUCGGUCGAUUUGGCUCUUCGCCGCCCAGCAUUUCAAGAGCAGGGCAGUCUAUUAUCUCACCCAACUCCAACCCUGGAGAUAUUGAGUCCAACAAAAUCAAUAGAUUCCCGUCUCAUGGAGUGGAUAUCGAUAAAAACUUUAACGACGCGCGAACAAGUAUGAUGUUCCGAUCUAUCAUCGGCGCGCCGAUAGUUCACCCUGGUACUGCCAUUCCAUGGUCACUAGAAACAAAUAACGCGGAGAGCAUUACAAGGCCUAAACCUACAAAGGCUAUGCCAGAAAACAGAAGACCUAGUAUUGCGCCAUCGCAUGGUGCAAAACAUAGUGUAUCAAAUCCAAUGGGCUCAAGAGUGACAAACAGUUCUUUUGACGCUGUAGAGCAAAUAUCUGGGAUUCCAACAAGUAAUUCUUUUGGAAAGAUGAGGACAGUAAGUCUGAAGACAGCAGCAGAGGCGGAACGACAACGUAUCGAUGCCGCGUUUGAGAGAGAGCAGGAACGAAAAAACUCCGAUGCUGGGACAGUCACCACAUCAAAAUCGGUAGCAGACUGUCUAAACACUGAUCGUUCAACAAGCGUCAAGAGAAAACCCUUGUUACCGCAGCUUCCGUCAGGAGCCGCUGCGCUUAGGGUAUCUGCUGUCAAAAGGGAGGGAAAUGGGCCAGCAAGCUCAUCCAGUAUACGACAGUCUGAAUUCGCAGCAGCAGAAGGGGGGUCGGACUGGGGAACGAGAUAUAGUGUGGGUAGCCUUGGGACUGAGGAUGAUGAUACCACGCGAUAUACGGCAGUUUCUCAUGCGCCUUAUACUCUAGCUGCACCCCCAAGAAUUCCAAAGAUCGAUUUAUUGGAAGAUGAUUCAAGGGUCAUGUUUCUCAAUGAAAUAGUGUAUGAUGACCCAGCGUUGGUAAAGUCAAUAAUGGGGAAGACGGAUAUUGCUUCAACAACCUCCAGAUACUCGGGAUCUAAAACAGGAGCAGUCAGGAGGAGUCCUUCAUCUAUUACCAAACGUCUUCCAGGUCUCUCGCCGGCUAAGAACUCGAAUGAUUCUGUCGUCUCCUCACCGCCAUUCAUGGAUGCGUCGCCGGUUAUGGAUAGACCUAGGAGCGUGAAGAAUAUUGCGGAGAGGGGGAUUUUCCCUCCGAAUAGGGACUCUGACCUGGCGGCACAAAUGCAAUACAACAAAAAGCAGUCAAACAUGCGGAGGGAAUCGGAACUUCCACAAGUUGAUUCAAAGCCAUUACCUGAAGUUCCAGCCCAAAGGAUGGGUACAGAAAAGAAGCGGACAAGAGAAAUUGUGUUUCCUAUCCCUCCUCCUAGAGCCACUACCAGGAAAGGCGCCCCGCCGCCUAUUACCGUCACCAUUCCGAAGAUUUUAUCCCCAGAAAUAAUCCAAGAGAUCACAGCUGCCAGUGAAGUUGAAACCGCUCAGUCAAUUCCCAGCCCCAAACCAACAAUUCCCGAAAAGUCAGAGAAGCGUUUGAUGAGCCCAGCUAUCAAUGAUCAAAGAGCUGGUUUUGCUACUUAUGAGACCGCGAAAGCGUGGGCUGAAAGCGUAUCUGCUGCCAGUGAUAAGCCCAGAUAUGCUGAAAGUAUGAUUGAACCUCUCCCAUCAAUUGCAUACGACAUGUCAGACGACAUAACCCCUAGAAUAGCCGCUGCUAUCUCGGACGGUAAUCAUAAGCGCAAGAGUUUGAUCGCCUUGACAGUGUCCCCCCUCUUUCAAAUAGAGGACAAUGCGUUCACAGACAUCGAAAUCGACUCUGGCUCCGAGGAUGGAGGUGAUCAAGACCCAGAAGCGGCUACUGUGGAAUCUGUAUCAGAUGAACAGACUCAAAGUGAGGCGGAUGAAAUGAUCGCGAACGGAGGAGAGGGAUAUUCCACAGAGGACGAGUCAUAUGAAGAUUUCUUCACUGAUAGCGAAGAAGGUCGCUACCUCGAUGAUGAGGUUUUGAUCUCGGACAUGGAGGAAGGAAUAAGCUAUGACAAGAUCGCCGCCGCUGAACGAAAGCUUGAUGCUAAGGUUCAAGAAAACACCGAAGUUUUAACAAACGCCACUCCAAUCCCCAUUCAUUUUCAUCUUGGAGACAGUAUCCCUACAUUCUCGGAGAGCAGGCGGAAAUACGGGACCAAGAGGAAGCCACCACCAUCUCCAAUAGGGUUCUUGGUACAGCAGAAACGUAUCUCUCAACAGCAGUUGAUGGAGGCACGGCUAACAAUUUUCGCUGGAACUCAAUAUCUCGCUCCUCUUGAAGAUCUUAUGAAUAGGCUUCCAGUAAACAAGAAGGGUGAAUCCCGUGUGAGUUACGUAUCUGACGGUAGAAACUCUCUGUUAGCUCGGCUGGAGAUGGAAAUGGGACAGCAGGAAAAUGAAUGGAUGGGAAUGCAUAAGACACUGGAAAGAAGCUCAAUGGGAUCAAUCAAGGAAACCCCAGAGCAGAGAGCUUCCCGGUUAUCCCGCGACACUUUAGAGUGCCACUCAUCCUUGGAAAAGGUUGAUGAGGGUAUUUUGAUUAAUAGACAGUUGAGUACUGUUGACACAGAGUCUGUUCACUCAGAUGCUAAGCCGAGUGCGUGGCAUGCUCAGAUGAGUUACCUUGUUCAAGCACCAUUGAUGAAUCCUGGUGAGAUUCUGGCCAGACCGACUUCUAUCCUCGAAAGUCAAAAUACACCAAUCUCGAUAGUUUCAGACUCCGAGGCGUAUGAUUCUAGGGAUGAGUCACCGUAUGGUACAAAUCACAACGAGGUCCACAUGGAAUCGUGCUAUGGAAACGAUAAUUUAAACUUUAUCAUUGAAGAAAACGAGGGACUCGAGCACUAUGCAGAAUACCAAGAGUCAUUCGAGGACGACAGUGAGAUUCAGUUUCUUGAACCUACAGUGUAUUGCCCGAGUACACGCUCUACCAGCAUAAUUUCUCAUCCCAACUUUAUAUACUCCGUUACUUCGGAGUCAUUCUCUCGAAGCGCAAGGUCACCUCCAAUUUCAUUUCUUUGGAACACCCGUCUCAUCCAAGGAAGCUCCUCUCCCAUGAGUAACCAGUUAUGGUCAUACCCUGUAUUCCUGCCGAGGACCCCAUUAGCACUCCCUGCUGCAUUAGACCUUCGCCCAAAACGUCGUAUCUCAGCUGCACCCAUCACUAAAGCUACCACAAGCCUCUGGGUAAAGGCCCAUGGCCCUCAAAUCGAACCCAGUACAGGUUUGUGGAGAAACCCGAGGGAACAACAGCCGAAAAGCAUCAUCGCCUCUUCAUUCGGGCACGGUAGAAGCCGCUCACUCAAGCUUAAAAGAGUUACAUUUGUGGAGGAAGUAGUGACAGUCGAGACAACUGGUUUAUUCGGAAAACUUAAGAAACUUUGGGGGGGUCAUACAAAGUCUCAUUCAGUUGACAGUACCGCUGUUCCAAGAGAUUUGAGGGAUGUAGACACGGCUAUAGACUCUGUUAUUGUGAGAUAUGCAAACAAGACGCUCCCGCCUCUUCCGCCUCUUCCUCCAAGGACAGAUAUUAUGAAGCACAAAGAGCCCGAGAAUACGACCUGCAACAACCUCUGGUUACAUCAACCCAGUCCUCCAGCCAUUACUCAACCAUCGUUACUGUGGAAUCAAACACAUGCACAAAAAGUCCAGAAUACUCAAUUAUUCAAAGAGAUCCCUUCGCUCCGUAGAAAGGCUCCUCAACAAACAUUCUUGCCAAGGCUUACUUCGAACAGACUAUGGGGAUAUGUUGAACAGCGGAUGAUGCCAUCACUUUGGUUAACAAGCUCCGCUAGCGCCAUGUAUCUCUGGCCCUACGGAGAAGGAACAAUAGCUCGUAGUUAUCUCUGGCCUUCUGCCCCGGCCGCCAAGAAAAUCGAGGUUGUUACAAUCAGAUCUCGAUCACUCGCGAUCACUCGCCUCACUCGCCUCACGCGCCUCCAGUCAUCUUCGCUCUGGGUAGCUACUGCUGCUUGCAAGAAUGGCGGAAACAAAGUUACUGCACUUUGGGAGCCUGCUGAAUCUGGAGUAAACGUUGUAGGAUCCCAGAAACAAGAGCCUAUGCUUUGGAUUAAGGGAGAGCAUAUUGCGCCCGCUGCUUCUAGACAUUUAUGGCCCAAUGCGCCUGAACUUCCUAUGUUACCGUCAUCGUUGCCAGCUAUCCGAGCUCGCGUUGCUUCGACUGAACUCCCGAUGCUCGAAUCCAACCAACUAUGGACCUUUGCCAAAGAAGCGAUCGGGCUGUGGUCAUUCCCAGAAAGAUCGACCGGGCUCUGGCCUCACGGAGGGCGUGAGAAAGUUGUUUCUUUCCUUUGGCCUUCCGCGUCGGCACUAAAUUAUAUUCCUGCGAAAGUUGCCUCGAAACGUUCACGGGUUAUGAGAGCUGAACUUGAGAAACUUGAGUCGAAGCAAUUAUGGUCCUAUAGUGACGUCCAAUUUGAGUCUGUUGAGGUAAAGGGAAUGUGGAAAGCAGCAACUGUUUCGGCCAAGCCAACUAUCGUCGAGCAGAAUAUGGAAACGCUCACAAGUCUACUUUGGACUGCACCUGAAGAAGCUCCCACAAUUGUAUCACUCUCCGGAGGGCUUUGGAGCUCAGCACCAGUAUUACUUCCACGCCUCUGGUCCGCUCCAGUAACUGAGUCUGGGCUCUGGCCACACGGAAGGCUUCAACAUGCACAAACGAGGACUCUGUGGCCGUCUGCACGCCCACUUGCGAGCACAGAGAACCAGAGUCUCCACAACGCCCGUAUAAUUGUUACCGGCCUGAAAAUAGAAUCGUCGCGACUCUGGAGCGCAGAAUCAGCGAUAAAAGCGGAAUUAUGGGCCCCACCACCUAAGCAAACAGGAUUAUGGCCCAACGGGCAGGUGGUUAAGAGCAAGUCUGUUGGGUUAUGGCCUUCUGACACUGAAUUAAGGUUCCCAGCAAUUGUGUCGAUUCGCCAGUUCAAACAACGCAGCCCCACCAAUCUAGAAACUUUGGAAUCUCAUGAACUUUGGAGUAAUUUCAAUGUCAAGCAAUCACUCUGGAAAAAAGCAAAUGGACAAAGUGGUCUGUGGCCCCAGGGCACACACAAUUCUGGAAAGCGCCAGCUUUGGAGCGCCAAUAGUAAUAUGCAAACUGUCCUAAGAAGAAAUCUCACAUUGAAAUUAGCAACAAUCGAGGGAAGGAAAAGAUAUGAGAGAAAAGCAAUAACAGCCAUAUUAGAAUCCCGCGCCCUGUGGAGUCGGCCGGUACAUAUCCGACCAAAAUCUGCUGGCCGGCUUUGGACAAAAGAGAUUGAAUAUAUCGGCGAAUUGCCCAAAUUCAAGACUGCUGAGCUGCAGGCGAAAGACGAUGUCGCUUCAGUAUCACCCGGUUUAUGGGCCAAUCCAUCUCCUAUUUCCUCUCCAUCUCCUGCAAAUUUAAUGACGCCUGUUGCCGUACUUUGGACGGCAUCCCCCCUCAAAACACCCAGGAUAGAAUUCACAAUCUGCCGGGAAACCAUCGCAGUCGCAGCAGUUCAACGAAGGAAGUCGGCUGGAGCUGCCAAUUUGAUGCUGACACCUCUGCAAGGCAAUCUCUGGGUCGCAGGGACUCCGUCGCUUUUACCCGGAGGAUCAACACCUCGCACCGGGAUGAAGCAAGCUCCUCAGGAUGGUCUGUGGAACUCGGCCAGAACGCAUGCCAAGCUGGAGAAAAAAGUUCCUUUAUGGCAUAGGUACACUGUCAUUGGCAAGGAUCGAGGUGCAGUGAAGCAGCAAACAUUGAAAACAGACACCACUGGAUCGUUCGUCGCCGUGAAACCCGAUCAACUAAGGACCCUUAUCGCUGCCGAAACAGAAGAGGAUGGUGUCAAUCAUGUCCAUCAUGACGGGCUGUGGCAUCCAGCCAUCAUGACAAAGCCGGCAAAAGAGAGGCCGCUCACGACAGGCGUAGACACGGUUCCUCGGGAAAGGACAUUUGUUACUCCGAGGACUUGCGCUCUCUGGCAAAAGAACAAAAUUCCAUCGCGAUCGAAUAAGCGAGUAGCAUCGAAUAUUCCUCCCCCGCUUUUCUUGGCGCGUGUAGGUGGCCCAAUGUGGACGGCUGAUAAAACGAGUGAAUCCCGUCCGCGUGGACUAUGGCGUCAAACGAAAAACGAGCGCAUGAAGAAGGGUCUUUGGCAGCCCAACAACAUUGAUAAGUACAGCACCCUAACCGUAAUCAACCAAGCUACCUCGCCGGAGAAAAAAUCGAAUCUUUGGAGUUUUUCCGGGACAAAACCAGAGCGACAAUCAAUCUUUCAAAACCUGUCAGUUGAGUCCAUUCGCAGGUCUACCUCUACAACCACCAGGAACCACAAUUCUAUCACAAAUCCCAUGGAGGGAUCACUUUGGGUGAAAUCACGCAACACUACUCCAGAAAAACCAAAGCUAUGGCGCAAAGCAGAAAUCCCACAGAGGCUGUGGGCGGCCGAUAAUAAUUUUAAUAGUAGCAACACUGAUAUGACUAUCACCACCAAGGCGGUUCCUACUGUCGCAACUACGCAUUUGUGGGGAAAGGACAAUGUCACCACCACGCCCAUUUUCGGCGACCUUUCGCUUGAGUCUUCCCGGUCUCGCAGAGAGUUCACCCCCAAAGCGUUCUCGGCCCCGCCUGAAGGAUUGUGGAAAAUGGCACUAACAAGCGAACCGUUGGAGAUGACUGCUGAAGUGCCGAGGAUUAGUCUUUGGGGAGCAGCAGACGCUGCCCCAAUUGUUGUCAAGAAUGUCCCUACUAAGACACUUUGGCAGAAGGACAACACAGAAACUCCAAUUUUCGCUGACCUACCCCUUGAAUCUUUCCGCUCAAAGAAGGAUCACUCUACGGCAACGCUUCCUAUGUUCUCAGAGGGCAUGUGGAAGAAAAAGGUCGCACUCCCGGAACGCCCUCAGUUGUGGAAACCAAUUCCCAAGGCAACAGGUUUAUGGGACGCAAAUGCAAAGACGAAAACGUUGGCCCAGAUAUCCUUGGAGAGGAAAGCAAAGGGAACGAAGAAGCCAUUGUGGUCAAAGGAGAGGGCUUCAAGGACCACUGCAAAAGUUCCUCAACGAUCACCGCUCGCCAUUGUUCGUAUCUCGGAUGACCUAACUCUACCUAAAGCUACUGGUGAUCUUUGGAAGCCAAAGUCUCCCGUGCGUCAGGCACCAGUGCUUUGGACAGCGCCGAAACCCGUUACACAGUCCGCGAAGCCCGCAAAGCCCGCAAAGCCAACCGCAACACUUCUCUGGGGUCAAGGGUCUGGGUCAAAGACAACAGCUGCAGUUGCAGAGCGAACAAAGGUCCCCUUCAUCCCCUCUGAUGCUCCACUUGCUCAGGUUUCUGGCUCGCUGUGGAAACCAAAGUCGACAGAUGGACCGAUUGGUCUCUGGAAGCGCCCCAUCAAAGCGGUAGCGGCAACCACAGUUGCUCCAUCUGUACCUCUAUGGGCAGCAAGGACAGCCUCCAGGACCACCAGUGCCGUGCCUCAACGUUUGCCUGUCCUGAAAAAGAAAGAUACAAGGAGUAUCAUUCUUCCCCCGGCAACAGGCUCGCUCUGGCAGCCGCCUAAGCGCACUCCCGAGAAGGGGCUUUGGAAAGCCCCAGCCCCACCAACCCGCCGACCCCGUAGCGCAAGUCUUCUCUGGGCAUCCCACUCAGCAGCGCGCACAACUACUGCAAUUCCGGUUCGGACUACAGUGCCAAAACGUCUCGUUGAGGAGCCCCUCAAAACUGUCAGCGGUACCCUGUGGAAGGCGCCAUCAAAUGAACCUAAGAAGGGUCUCUGGAAACGCACCAUCCCAACAGUUGCGACAUACCGCAAGACAAGUACAACUUCCCUAUGGUCAAAAGAGUCCGCUUCUCGAACAACAUCUGCAAAGCCAGAACGUGCUCCCUUCGUUCCGAAGGUUAUUGACGAAAAGUCUCUUACACUCUCACCUGCCACUGGAGAUCUCUGGAUGCCCUCGUCGGCAACACCACAAACAGUUAGCCUCUGGUCCCGUCCAGCCACUCCCUCCAGUGGUAGCGGCAUCUGGGAUGCUCAAGGUCGUACGCCAACCCUGGCCGAAAUUAAGCUUGCGCUUGCAACACAGCGAGACAAAACAGAACUGUGGCAGCGUCGCAGCGUCUUGACUUCAAAGCCCGCUAUAGUUGAUAUCAGCAAAAUCACUUCCUCUUCCACCGCCCCACAAAAGAAGGUCAAAACCACCGAACCAGCCCCCGUACCUCAGGUGGAUGGUAGUCUCUGGAGACCCUGUGUGGAUGGAAAGAAUGAACAGGGUAUCAUGUGGAUUACGCGCUCUUCUCGUUCCUCUUCCCUGGAAUCUGAGUUUAUUUCUCCGGGCGUGAGCCGUGCUUCAACAAUCAGCGACAUGAGCGACGAGACCGAGUCCCCGCUGACGACAGGUAAGGCGGAUGCGUUUGAGCCAGAGGUCAUGAGGAUUCAUAGCACAAAGGUUAGCGUCUCUUCUGCGGCUGGGGAGAAUAUGUGGAGGCCUAUUGAGGCGGCGGAGGGAAAGGGAAAGGGGGUCUCUAGGUCAGAUCAGAAGGAGCAAGAGCUUCCUACGUGGGGAGCUUCACACUCGCUUUGGAGCAAACCGUCCACUGAUGAAGAAAAGGCGGCGUUAUGGGAAAACCCCAACUCAUACGCAUGCUCCUCAGUCUCCGACGAAGACUUCGCAUCGGCUGCCUCCGAGCUCAGUGAAGAAUCCCACUAUCACGAUUUCGAAACAAGCCACGAGCCCGACAGUUACUCAAACAACAUGUAUCCCCCCUCUUCGUCUAACCCCCACGUGUUCGUUGGACAGUUCCAUCGUGACAAUUAUCUUCUUCAUCAACAAUCAAACACUCAGCUCCCGGAAAACUCUCCAUUUGCGUCCAACCUCCGCAUCAAGAGUCUUCGUCGGAAGCUAAGGCCUACCAACGGCGCCCCCGGCACCGCUGAAAGGAAGCGCCGCAACACCGAGGGAGAGGAAGAGAGAGAGCGGCUCAGGGUCAAUAGUACUCCAAUGGAAAGGGCGGUUUCCAUGGGCGAGGAACAUCUAUAG